AUGCGCUCGCACAAAGUAUACUUCCCAAAGUACGAUGUGCCAGUCCGCUUGCGACCGUGGUUCCUGCUGUUCACGUCCCUCGUCAUGAUUCUGCUAGCCUUUCUCGGAUUUACAAAUUUAUCACACUCGUUCCCAUUGAACGACAAGAUCCUCCAUUUCUUCUGCCUGGGUUUCGCCACAGGAAUAUUCUAUUUCAUCUUUGAUGUUGAGGAAGAUGCACGAAGAAUAUGGUUCUGGCGGAGUUCACCCUUAAUUUUCACUGGCAUCAUCUGUUUCUUCGUUGGUGGAAUAAUGAGUGAAUUCAUACAGUCUUUACUUCCGCACAAAGAAUUCCAGGUCGGCGAUGUUGCAGCCAAUCUUCUUGGCUCCAGUCUGGGCCUAUAUAUCGCCUAUCAACUCGAGCGGUAUUACCGUCAUAGACGCGAGAUUUCUCGUUUGUACACGCCGUUAGAUGCUGAACCCGUUCCUUCGGACGAUGAGGGUGACGUUGAGGCCACCCAACUUCUACCAAUGCACUACCAACCAAGCUCCAGCUCCUCGAGAAACGUCAAAGACGGCCGGGGAAGUAAGACAGAUGCAGGACGCAUUCAUCUGGGAAACGUGUGGGAUGAGCGCGAAGAGCUAUUCGACAUUGGCGAGGACAGUGAUGCCGAAGAGGAGGAUCGUACUGCCCGUAUUACGCCUGUGCCAGCUACCCCGAAGAUUGUUGUCACGAGCUCCGAGUCGUAG